UUCUCGUCUGAUUCAAACAAGGAUAAAAAGAAAUUUUUUGUAAAGCAAUAAUCAUAUGAUCCCUUUUUUGAAAAUUUUCAGGCUUUCAUUUGUCACCUUCCCAGUAGUUUUCUGAUUCCAAAACCAUUUUCUCUCUUCUUUUUUAUAUUAAAUACACACAAAACCCAGACCACUUACUUUACCCAUUAAAACAAUUGUCUAGUUUCUUUAGGGUUUUUAUGGAUCUGUUCUGAACUAGUUUCUGACUGGGUUUGUUAAGAGAUAACAAGAAUGUCUGAGAAAAUGGCAGCCGAGAAGCCUAGCACUAGCUCUGCAUCUGCCUCUGCCUCGGUCCCUAAUUCUAAAGGCCAAGCAUGGUUUUGUACUAUUGGUUUGCCAAGCGACAUUGUGAUCGAAGUCGCCGAUAUGACUUUUCAUCUUCACAAAUUUCCUCUAAUGUCCAAGAGUCGAAAGCUUCACCAAAUGAUAACCGAACAAGAAACAAAUCUUACAACCAAUAUAGUACGAGAAGAGGAAACCCAAACUGAAAUCGAAGAAGAAGAAGAAGAAGCAGAAGAAAUUACUUGCAACAUCAGUUUACCUGACUUCCCGGGAGGAUCAGAAACCUUCGAGAUGGUGGCCAAGUUCUGUUAUGGCGUUAAAAUGGAGCUCUCCUCUUCUACUGUAGCGCCUCUCCGAUGCGCUGGAGAGUAUCUCGAAAUGACUGACGAAUACGCGGAAGAUAACCUCAUAUCUAAGACAGAGAGGUAUUUCUCUCAAGCCGUUUUCAAGAGCUUAAAGGAGUCAAUUAAGGCCUUGAAAUCCUGCGAAAAGGUCAUCUCAUUAGCCGAGAGUUUAAACAUUAUCCAGAGGUGUAUAGACUCAAUAGUUUCAAGAGCUUCAUCUGCAGAUCCUGCUCUGUUUGGCUGGCCGGUUACUGAAGACGGAGGAACUUCAAAUCAAGGUUUAUGGAACGGAAUCGAAACCGGUCUACGUAGAAAAGGCGCUAAAAACUCAGAAUUUCACUCCUGGUUCGAAGAUCUCUCGCUCUUGAGCUUGUCUUUGUUUAAGCGCUUAAUCUAUGCAAUGAAAGAGGGAGAUCUGAGUCAGGAAAUUAUUGAAAGCUGCUUGAUGCAUUACGCUAAAAAGUACAUUCCAGGCUUAUCAAGGGCAAGCAGAAAACCAAGCUCAUCGUCAACAAUACCUUCAGAGAACGAACAGAGAGAGCUAUUAGAGACUGUAAUUGCUAAUCUUCCUUUAGAGAAGAGCGCCUCCGCAACGUCAACAACCGCAACGAGGUUUUUAUUCGGUUUACUUAGGGCUGCUAAUAUACUAAACGCAUCAGAAUCAUGUCGUUCUGCUUUAGAGAAAAAAAUCGGAUCUCAACUCGAUCAAGCUACACUUGAUGAUCUGCUAAUCCCUAGCUAUUCCUAUCUAAAUGAAACUUUGUAUGACGUUAAUUGUGUUGAAAGAAUUUUGGGUUACUACUUGGAAGGAUUGCAAAUUCAACAACAUCAGGACGAUACAGCAAGAUCUCCGCCGUUAAUGCUCGUCGGCAAAUUGAUUGACGGUUAUCUCUCGGAGAUCGCAUCUGAUACUAAUCUUAAACCGGACAAAUUCUACAAUCUAGCAAUCUCUCUUCCCGAUCAAGCUAGACUAUUCGACGAUGGUCUUUAUAGAGCUGUAGAUGUUUAUCUUAAGGCGCAUCCGUGGUUACCGGAGGCGGAGCGUGAAAAGAUUUGCGGAAUAAUGGACUGCCAAAAGCUCACGCUGGAAGCGUGCACACACGCGGCACAAAAUGAGCGUUUACCUCUACGGGCGGUGGUUCAGGUAUUGUUUUUUGAGCAGUUACAGUUACGCCACGCCAUUGCGGGCACUCUAUUGGCGGCAGAGACGGUGCCGCAGGAAUUGGGGAGAGCGUCGGGAAUAAGGCAAGAGGGAGAGGGAGAGGGAGAGGGAGAGGGAGAAGCAGAGGAAGUUGUUGGUGGAGAGGUGAGUGGAAGUGGCACGUGGAGGGCAGCAGUAAGGGAGAAUCAAGUGUUACGGUUGGAUAUGGAUAGCAUGAGGACGCGGGUGCAUCAGCUAGAGAGGGAGUGUUCGACGAUGAAGAAGGUGAUUGACAAGAUUGACAAGAAAGGGCCGGUUGGGGGUUGGAGAGAGUCAGUGAGUAAAAAGUUUGGGUGUAAGUUCAAGACGCAGGUAUGUGAUUCGCACGAACAAACGGUGGUGGACAACAGAAGGGGACGGCAACACCAUUGACAGCAGUAGACCUUCAUUUAACAUGUAAUUGCAAUUUUAUAUCUUGGUUAUUUGGGCUGGUGGUGUGUAAUCCCUACAACUUUAAUUGCCAACUAAAGUUGUAUUUUACACGAAAUAAAAUUGGAUGUUAGUCAGAAAGUGGAAAUCUUCCCACCAAUAAUUUAUAGAGUCUUUCUCUAAAGUUUGAGCCCACUGCCAAAUGUUGUGGCAGACAGGGAGGAACAGACAGCAGUGGUGGCGGGACUUUUUAAUACUGUAGACUUAAGAACAAAUUAGAAGCAUCACAU